AUGAGCAACAAAACGGCCGAAGUGCAUCGACAACUCGGCCAUGCACCGAGCCCGUCCACCCUAGCGCCACCCAGCCCGUGCCGUGACCGGACCGGCGGCAAAAUGCUCCCAACCCUGGACGUGAAGGCGAAGCUGGCGCUGCUGAUUAUGCUACUAAUUGCCGUUAUUGACCACGGUGAAGCCGGUACCUGUUGGUUGAGGCGGCUCGAAGCGUCGGGAAAGUGCAAGCAGCUAUUCGCCAGCAACGUGACGCGGGAAAGCUGCUGUGGGGCGGGUUCGAACGGUGGCAAGGGCUUCAGCGAGCGGGACAUUUCCGACGUGAUGCGGUUCUUCAUGAACGCGUACAGCGAUGGAAUGGAGUGCUCGUCUUGCAUAGACACCUGCGCUCGGACAAAGUGUGGCCCAAACAAGCGGUGUGUGAUGCGCCGGAAUCGCCCCAAGUGCAUCUGUGCACCGACCUGCAGUGGAGGUGGUGGCAAACGUCAGCCACAGCCUCCGAAACGUCCUAACCGGCCACAUCCGUUCCAACACCAGCAGUUGCACCAGCAGCAGCUGCACCAAGAACCACGCUUUCACCAGCAAAACAUUAAGGUGAUCAACCUGAGCGAGAGCCAGCGAAACCGCCAACAGUAUUUCGCCGACGCUGGGCGGCAACCGAGGCCACGCCAGCUACGGUACACCGGCCCGGAGAUGCCGACCGGCGGCAGGAGUGUAAAAAAGUCUAGCCUAAGUGAGAACCGAUCGCCCGGUAGCCAAAGAGCGAGCGCCAAGCACGGCGCUAAGGAUAGCGGUAAGGAUAAGCAGCAUAAUUUAUUGGCAUCUGUGACAUUAGUGAGUAGUAGCCGGGUUGGCGAUGGCAGCAGCAGUAGUAGUAGGAGCACCGGCACGUCUAAAAGCACCCACCGAGCCGGUGUGAACUGUACUGCGACCACCAGUGCUGGCCAAACACCUCCAGGAUGCUCUUGGACCGGUGGUGAACGGAUGGUUCUCAUGCAGGACGGUCCGCUGCCGAAUGGUUUAGCUUUAAACUAUCCCACCGGUGGAAAAGCAACGGCAACGUCCAAGAGUAAGGGCUCCGUUAGUGCGGCUACAACGCCCCGGCGCCACCACCGGAAGGACAUUCCACCGGUGCAUGGCAACCGCACGAUACUCGAGCAAACCCACCGAACAAAACCCGGCUCGGGUGGAAAACCCACCUCGACCGUGGUGCCCCCGUUUGUCGCCUUCGGAAAACCCAAGCUACUGCAUGUUGGAAGAACCAGCCGGAAGAGAAAUGGCACGGCUGCUGUGCGAGUGCCACGCCGUGAGCCACAGUAUAUGGACGACAUUUUCUUCGUGGACAAUUUCCACCCCCAACGGGAUCGCGCUCACCAACACCGGUUGCCCGUGGAGGAUUUGUGGGGCAACGAAAUCAUGCAUCAGUCUAGCUUCUAUAACCCGGUCUGUGGAACAGACGGCAGGACGUACAAAACGGAGUGCCAAUUGAAGAAACGAGCCUGCCGACAGGAGAUCACUUCACUGAUGGUCGCCUACAAAGGACAUUGUCAGACAUCCUGCAAGUUCGUGCAGUGUCCGGACGGCAAGCAGUGCAUCGAGGAUCAGAAUGCAGCUCCACACUGUGUGUCCUGCGGUGGCGCCGAGUGUCGCGUGGAUCGAUCCUCCAAAUCGCCCGUUUGCGGCACGGAUGGAAUCACGUACCCGAGCAUCUGCGAGCUGAAGCGCCAGGCGUGUUUGGUUGGCCGUGCCAUCCCGAUCGCUUACCGAGGUCGUUGCAAGGAAGCCGCCACAUGCGAAACGAUCAAGUGCAAGGAUCGCCAGCAUUGCCUAACGGACCUGAAAACGCAUAAACCGCGCUGCGUCAGCUGCAGCUACAAGUGUCCCCGCACAAAACGCCAGCAGGGCCAUGGUAAGCCGUUCCGCGAUGCCAAAAACUCGAUUUACAACGAGCACAAUGUGAAGCUGUGCGGUACCAACAACCGAACAUAUCACUCCUGGUGCCACAUGCUGAAGGAUUCCUGCUCCACGGGAUUCUACAUCGACGUCUUGCACAGCGGCACGUGCACCUUUGGAAGGUAG